AUGUACCUCAAAUCUGCUUGGGCUUUGAUCCCUAUAGGAUUAGUGCGUCCGCAUGUCUUUGUGGGCGAUCCUGCUCCAUUCCAAUGGGACCUUCAAGUGACAAAGCUCAUUAUGCCAAUGAAUGGUGAUAAAAACUACCAGGGUCCCGAAUGGGGUCAGCAACCCUUCCCUUGCAAAGGCCAUCAUAGAGACGGAACUCGUAAAGAGACUUAUACAACUACAACUUGGUAUACUGGAAGUAGGGUGACGUUCCAGAUCUACGACUCUACCAAUACAACUGGCGCUAGCAUGCAUGAUCCGGGUGCAGCUCAUUCGGGGGGCUCUUGCCAGGUAUCAUUCUCCUACGAUAACGGAGAAACUUGGAUUGUCGUUCAGAGCUGGGAGGGAAACUGCUUGCGCGUACGUAAGGGUCAAGAAGGGCAAAUUACGAACUCCUAUGACACUGACCAAAGCUACUCUUUUAUCAUUCCUACUUCCUUGCCCGGAGCAGACAUGGUUAUUUUUGCAUGGACUUGGCUGAAUUCAUCUGGUAACCGAGAGUUCUAUAUGUCAUGCUCACCUGUUCGGUUGAUAGCAGCAAGAUCCCCGACGAAGAUUCCAUCUGGCUAUCAUAUGUUUAUUGCCAACCUCCAGGAAACCCCAGAAACACCAGACUCACAGCAUCCAGUGUGGUCUCGGUGCUUUGUUCCGCAAAAUGUGUGGGUUCGCUACCCCCAACGGUACAAAGGCAUCAAUCCACCAAUCGUAGCCGAUACACUUCCAAAUAACAGCCAAAUCCGCCAUUUAGAGCUUGGAGACGAUGGGGGAUUGUGCGGCUCAGACAAUAAAGAAAGGGUCAAAGCUCUUGCACUUCAAUCUAGUUGA